AUGGCUCCCCAAGCUCCCUUCAACGUCUACGUCGACAAUGAGAUCAGUUUCGUCCUCUACAGCCGCCGCAAAUUAUCGCACCCCUCAGGCAUACCAUUGAACACUGAUUGCACCGAUAUGGCGUUCGAGUUAGACCCUAUUGACCUGCAAACCGCCGACAUCGCCGAGUGGGUGGACAUUCUUCGGGAUUGCGGCUGCCUCGACAUCGACACACUGACUGCACUCAAAAUACAACAUGUGAUCACUGAUAACAAGGUCUGGUUCGUCGACAGUCAGCAGAAGCGCUCCCAGCGCGCAGCUGAAAACGCUGCCCCUGAUCUGAAAGAGUUCCACCUAGGAACUGAGCGCUUUAUCGAGGUCCGCACUCCUGAUGAGCUUGAGCCUAAAGACCCCAACCGCCCUCCCGUCGCCUCAGCGUUCAAUCUCGUCGAGAAACUGAGGGAGAAGCUGCCCAAGACCGACAUUAAAGUCCUUGUUUCCGCUUAG